GCCCGCCCCGCGCACAACAAGAGCCUCAGCAUUCCGUUCCCUCACUUUCGUUUCCGUCAAUCCCCUCCGCUUGCGUUUGGGUGUUUCCCUCUUUUAUUCCCAUUGCUUGCUCUUUCGACUGUCUGUCCGCCCUACAGAACACUCCUCUCCGUCCAUUCUCGCCUCGCUAGUCGAUUUUACACGUUCGAUUUCUUGCACCUUCCACAUCUACACCCUACCCCCCACGCAUCAUUAUGUUCAAGUUGUCUGCUGCGUCCGUCCUCCUGGCCCUUGCCGCGCGCGUCGCCGCGCACGGGAAGCUGACUUCCCCGGCGCCGCGGAGUGACACGGUUGGCGAGGCGUUUGGGGCCGCGUGCGGCCAGCAGAUGCUCUCGCAGGUCACGUCGGACCCGUACGGCAACUUCCAGGGCGAGAUGCAGGUUGCGGGCAGCGACUUUGACGCCACGAAGUGCAAUGUUGGCCUUUGCAAGGGUUACCAGUUCGCUGACAACCAGGCCAAUGUUCAGACCUACACGCUCGGUCAGACCAUCCCGAUGGUUGUUGAGAUUCGCGCGCCGCAUACCGGUAACGCGAACGUCUCCAUCGUCGACACCACGAGCAACACCGUCAUAGGCGACGCCCUGAUCUCUUGGGACGUCUACGCAUCGACGGCUACCGGCGUCACCGCGGACCAGACCAAUUUCGACAUCACCAUGCCCGAGGACCUUGGCGGGAAGUGCACCACCGCCGGCGACUGCGUUAUCCAGUGGUUCUGGGACGCGCCCGAAAUCGACCAGACCUACGAGGACUGUGUCGACUUCGUUGUCGGUGGCUCUGGCAGCGGCAGCGGCUCGUCGAGCUCUGCUCCGGCCUCCAGCGCUGCUGCUACCUCUGCUGCCACCUCCGCCGCCGAGAGCAGCGCUGCUGCUACAUCUGCUGUCGAGACGUCCGCCGCAGAGACCUCUGCUACCACCUCCCCUGCUACCUCUGCCGCGGAGACUUCAGCUGUGGAGACCUCUGCUCCGGCUUCGUCCACCGCUCCUGCCUCCUCUGCCCCCGUCUCGUCCGCCCCUGCGACGUCCGAGGUCGCGUCGUCUAGUGCGCCUGCUACUUCUGCGGCCGCGACAACGAGUGCCGCGGCUACCUCCGCUGCCUCCAGCGUCGCUGUCCCGACCACGACCGGCAGCGCUGGCACUGGCGACGCCAACGUCUGCAUGAACACGUACAACCAGUGCAUCGCCAAGUCCCAGCCCAACCCGGACUGGACCGGCUGCGGCGCGACCCGCGACUCCUGCCUCAGCACCGCGAAGUACUCGCGCCGCAUGCGCCGCACGACCUUCCGCGCAUAAACGUCGCGCGCGCAGCAAUGCGCCAAUCGACUAUUUAUCACGCCGACGCCGAGAUUUCAACACACCGACCCGAUCGCCAGCCACUGCGUGGUACCCCGUACCAUCUCGCAUGCGCC